ACACGCGUUCACUCCACAACAGAUAGAAGAACUUUCAGCAGCAGACCCUACUCUGAACGUUGUGCGCAGCUGUAUGAAAAGUGGUGACUGGAGGAAAUGUGACCAUGCAUACCAAACCGUUAAAACUGAACUUUGUACCAUGGGCAAUAUUGUGUUGAGAGGUUCGCGAAUUGUGAUGCCGCUAGCUGCACGACGACAGACGCUAAUGUUAGCUCAUGAAGGCCAUCAAGGCAUAGUAAAAACAAAGCAAAGACUGAGAACCAAAGUUUGGUGGCCAGGGAUUGAUCGAGAAGUGGAAGACUUAGUGAGAUCCUGUCAUGCAUGUCAAAUCAACAGUGCGACUUCACAAGAUGUCCCUACUGUUAGGACGGAGCUCCCAGAGAAACCAUGGCAGAUGCUUGCUAUGGACAUGUGUGGACCAUUUCCAUCAGGGCACCACCUCUUAGUAGUGACAGACUACUACUCCAGAUGGGUGAGUGCUGACAUUCUUCAAAACCCCACUUCAAUGAACAUAAUCAAACCUUUGAAACAUUUAUUUGCGACUCACGGUCUCCCAGAAAGUGUGGUGACAGACAACGGCACUCCGUUCAUCUCAAAAGAAUUCAAGCUGUAUUUACAGGAGAACGGAAUCACACAUCGUCGCAUCACACCAUAUUGGCCUCAAGCUAAUGGAGAAGUUGAGAGACAGAACAAAACGCUUUGUAAGGCUAUACGUUCUGCUCAUGCCGAAGGAAAGGAUUGGAGGGCGGAGCUGGAUGUUUUUCUUUUGGCCUACCGAAGCACUCCUCAUUGUGUCACAGGCCGCAGUCCAGCUGAGUUAUUGUUCAACCGUCAAAUCAGAACCAAACUUCCGGAACUCACAUGUUUCCAACAAAAUUCAACAAAGGAUGAUGUCGCUGUUCGGAGGGCUGAUGCUGUGAGGAAGGAGAAGGGACGUGAAGAUGCAGACAGACACAGAAGAGCAAAAGAAAGUCAAGUGAAACAAGGAGACAGAGUAUUGUUACGUCAGCAAAAGCAAAACAAACUGUCAACACCAUUUGAACCUGAACCAUACACUGUCAUCAGCCGAAAAGGUCCAUCGGUAUGGCUGGAGAAGAACGGCAUAAAGAAGAUGAGACAUGUGUCACACGUGAAGUUAUGGAUUGAACCUGAACAGGACGCUUCUCUGCUUUAUGACGGGAUUAAACCUACUACAGCAACGCCUGAUGCACCGAAGCAGAAAGAGAGUCGACCUCAAAGAGCAAAGAGGACUCCAACACAUCUUAAGGACUUUGUGACAUAAACAAACAUCGUCUAAAAGGGGCAGAAUAAUCCCCGACGUUGUUUGAUGGAAGGGUAGUCCACCCCUAUCCAUUUAAGUUCAUUUAAAAAAAAAAAAAAAAAAUCUUGUUUGAUAGAAUUGUGUAAACAAAAUGUUCAUUAUUCUAAAUGAAAGUUAUAUGGUAUAAAUGGUAUAUAUGAUAAAAUACGUUUCAUUUUUCAUGUGUAGUACGAUCUAAGAUAAAGUUUUGAAA